GCAGCAGCAGCAGCAGCAGCCUGAGCUGAAGUCUGAGCCUUAAGUCUCAAUGAGCACCUGUGACACUGUGAGCAGCCCCUCCCCUCCGCUCUCUCCAUGGAUGUAAUCUCUGACUUGACAACAGGUAUUUGUAAUGUCCCAGACAAAGUAAGCUGUCCAGACCUCGGCGAGCAUUUGGCAGGAGAGUCAGAGCAGAGCACCGACAGCGCAGAGUCUCUAGAAAUCCCUGUUGAAGCAUCUGCAGACAUGGGUCGUCAAGAGCCCGACCACGCGUGGAAGAAGGACACUGAGAACAUCCAGGAGAUAUUUGACUUCAUAGAGGAGCUUGGAUCGGGGGCGUUCUCAGAGGUGUACAUGGUGAAGGAGAAGAAGACGGGCAAAAUGUUUGCCAUGAAGUGUGUGAAGAAGAAACAGAAGAGAGACCUCAAUCUGGAGAACGAGAUCGCUGUGCUGAGAAGAAUCCAACAUGACAAUGUGGUGGGGAUGGAGGACUUCUAUGAAAGCCGGACGCAUUACUAUCUCGUCAUGCAGCUUGUUUCAGGCGGUGAGCUCUUUGACCGUAUACUGGACCGGGGGGUGUACUCAGAGAAGGAUGCCAGCAACGUGAUCCAGCAGGUGCUGCAGGCCGUUAGCUAUCUGCACGAUAACGGCAUAGUGCAUCGUGACCUCAAGCCAGAGAACAUCCUGUACUACAGCCAGGACGAGGACUCCAAGAUCAUGAUCAGUGAUUUCGGGCUCUCCAAGAUGAUAGAGAACGACAUCAUGUCGACAGCCUGUGGCACCCCCGGAUACGUAGCUCCUGAAGUUUUGGCACAGAAGCCCUACAGCAAGGCAGUGGACUGCUGGUCUAUCGGAGUUAUCACCUACAUCUUACUGUGUGGAUAUCCUCCUUUUUAUGAAGAAAGCGAGUCCAGGCUGUUCUCUAAGAUCAUGAAGGCGCAGUAUGAGUUUGACUCGCCCUUCUGGGAUGACAUUUCUGAAUCUGCUAAAGAUUUCAUCCGUAAUAUGAUGCAGAAGAAUCCCAGCAUGCGCUACUCCACUGACCUCGCACUCAGACAUCCCUGGAUUAUCGGGAAGACGGCCAGGAGCCAGGACAUCUACUAUUCCGUCAGCGUUCAGAUCCAGAAGAACUUUGCCAAGUCCAAGUGGAAGCAAGCCUAUAACGCUGCAGUAGCCAUCAACCACAUGAAGAAGCUGCAGCUGGCCCACUCAGAGCAGGUCCUGAGGCAGGCCAGCAUCCCAGACAUCAAGGUGAUCGACGUGUCCUCCCCAAAGAGAAAUCACAAACGACUUGAUCCAGACAGAAUCGACCCCAAGGUGGUGGAGGUCAACGGGAAAGUAAAUGGGACGAUACACAUGUCCCUGCCCACGAGCCCCGUCGAAACCAAGAGCCACUGUCACACACUGAAAGCCGCUCACAGUCAGGCCGGACCACAUCACGCGCCCUAUAUGGCCGAGCAGGGCAAGAACGUCUACCACUCAGAGCCCGCCAACCUCAAUGGGUAUGGUAAAAACCAUAACGUCAAGAGUGUACAGACGGGGGUUUGCUCAGUCAUGUGAAGGCUGCAUGAAGUUUACAUGGAAAUAAACAUUUUAACUGGUCAGUGUUGCUGAGCUGACUCAGCAUGCAGCUGUUUUGAGUCAGCAGGUCCGAUACUGUGAGCUAGAGGUGGUUGAUCUCCCAAUGGACCCGAACGGUCUGCAGGGUCCACGCAGUCAGUGGGACAUUCAUUUAUUUUUGGAAAGAGUGCCUAUGAAGUUCCUGACAACCACACAGACACAAAGAAACACACACUCAGACAUUCAAACGCACAACACUCACUUUAACUCCGAUGCACAGGGCAGUGAAACAGGGCAGUUCAGACAGUAUUAAAGGGAUGGGCUCACCUGCUGGUGAAUGUCUGGCUCAUUCAUGGUGAAGCAGCUUCUGACCUCUGAUGUCAUGAAGGCUUUGUGUCACACUUCCUGGUUCCUUGGUCAGGUGGAGUUUAAUUUAUCAGUGCACUUAGUGCCCAGCUUUAUUAGCACUGUGGUUACACAUGGUUUAGGAAUGUACACACUGCAAAAACCAAAUUAUUAAAGUUCAUGUGUAAAAUAUUCCUUAGCAAAGCUCCUAAUAAGUGCAAUAGAAAAUAUGGAAACACUGCAUGUUGCUGCUUUAAUUAUUCCAUACUGGUAUAAUCUAUUCUGGUUGAAGUUGUCUCUUAUUUUUAUGACCUUUUUGUGUUAAUGUUUGUUGUUCUGAUUUAUUUUUCUAAAGUAUUUUCUUCCUUUUUUAUAAAAAAAUAUAUAUAUAAAAUAAAAAAAGAGCCAUACAGACAUAAAAACAUAAAACAUGUUCAAACUGACAAAACAUCAACAGUGUAAAUGCCACAAGUAUAUCCAUAACUUGCCAACUCUUAGCUCUCACAUGCCAUCAACCUGUUAGAAUAUAAACUGUCAUGCAUAUUUACUGUAAUAGAUGUUUCUCCACUUAUUCUGAGUGGUUCAUUCUGCACAGUCUGUUGUUUGUCUCUCCAGCUGUAUGUGGCUUUGUGUCGAUGCA